ACCUUUUUUCAGGCGCGUAUUCGAAUCUGAACGGUAGCCUUUAACUUUCACCAUCCCCCCCUAAAAAAGAAAGACGUCUACAUAUGAAAAAUGGCCCGCAAAACAAACAAAGAAGCUUUGAAGAACGUCCUGCAGGAUCUGAGUAAAGAUAAGUUUUCUGAGAUUUGUCACCGCCUGCGAGACCGCAAUGGAAAGCCUCGCGUGAGCUACAGUGAUGUGGAGGAUAAAAAUGUGUUGCAGAUCACAGACCUCAUGGUUUCAUUCUUCACAGAGAGCAAAGUUCUUCAAGUGGCUCGGACUAUAUUGAGACAGAUUAACUGCAACCAAGAAGCAAGGACACUGUCUUUGAAAAUCAAAGCCUCUGUGGACAAAGGUAAACCUACCAUCCAUAAGAAUUGUGCGGCUGGCGGGAAGGGUCUAAAGGCUAAAAAGAUUUUGCAGCGUGACAAAGAGCAGCCUGCAGCCACAAACACCAGCGCUGUCCCCAAAGCAGCCAAAAAGGAACCGCUCCAAAACAAAAGAGGCCAGCCAACCAGUGCCUCAACGUCCGAGGUCGGCCCAAAGCAGAAGAAAGCAAAGAAAGCUAAGAUGACGGAUGAAGAAGGAAAAAACAUAAAAACCAACAACAACAACAACAACAACAACAACAAAAAAGAAAAACAAAUCGGGAAAAAAAGGAAAAAUAAACAAAUCAACAACAACCGUAAAAAACCAAACCAAUCAACAUAAACAGGGGACAACAAACUUGACAAAACGAGAAGGGCUCUCGGAUGCGCAUACCAACGCCAAGGCAUGCCCUGCCUGACAUGUCUUACAAUUGUGGUAUUCAUUGUCAUGGGACUGUCCUCCGGUUCGAAUUGCAUGCCAUGAUCAGAUAUUUUGAUAUUUAUGUUGAUCUUUCCCUAUCUCCUACGUAUGCAUUUUAGGUAAAAAGCCUAAUGAUAUAACAAGUAGACCCCUGGUUUCCUCUCCUGAGCCGAUCAAUGAUUUAUACUCUAAUGCUGCACCAGCAUUAGAGUAUAAAUAUCUCAUGUUAUUCAUGAUAAAAUGACCUUUGAACUCUAUGGAUGCUGUGUGCAGUAAAGCCCACCAGAGGAUGCUUUUUUUUUUUUUAAAUCAAAAACAUUGUGCUUUUAAUGUGGAUAGCACUUUUAUGAAGAUGUUUUCCUUGUGUUUUAUUAACUCAAUCUUAACCUUUUCUUUUAUCAGUUAGUCCGGCUCCAUCUCUUUAAAAAACAGGAACCGGCUGCAGGGUGUAACGGGGCAUUCACACCAAAAAAAAGCGAUCAGUGAUUUUCUGUAGGGUGGUGCGACUGGGGGGGGGGGGGGGGAUGUCCUAUUGUGUUCUUAAAUCCCCCCCAACAAAGCACAAGUAGACUUUAUAUUUCACAAUUACUGUUUUCCGUCAGAUCAUUUAUAGAUUUCAACAUUGACGACCGCACUUAAAAGCAGCGUUAUUUCACAGGAGG